GGUCGACCAACCAGGUUCACGAAUUCGUACAGAUARUUGAUAUGCAUUACUUAUAAAUCAAAAAAUGAUAUUAGUAAUGCUGACGUUAUUAUUUCCCACAUAUCGUCAGAUUGAAUUAAGCUGGUUAAUAAAGAAACCAUCUUUAACUCUAUUGAAUUCAGUAGAUUAAAGUCAUUCUUCAAAGACUGGCCAAGGAUGGAGUUGGUUUUGUCAAAACCUAAAGUUAUUUUACUAUCUCUUUUCAUGUUUCAUGCUGUUUCGCUUGCUCUUGGGAGAAACGACACACGGGUGUUAACCCAACAGGGCUAUGUCAGGGGCGUGCGACAAGUUAUCCAAACAAAUAGAGGGCAAGCGAAGACCAUCUACAAGUUCUUGGGCGUUCCGUACGCUAGAAGUCCAAUUGGUAAUCUUAAUCUUCGCUUCAAGCCCCCGCAAGCUCUUUCCACUCAAAGAUCAAGUGAUUAUAAUGCAACUUUUCUACGACCAGUGUGUGUGCAGGAUAACGUUACCUUGGCAUCAAUAAGAAGAGCAUGGCCAACAUUUGASCCAAUGAGAGAUAUGGACGAAGAUUGUCUGUACCUGAAUAUCUACACUCCAAGAACAAGAGGUACAACAAAAUACCCAGUUAUUGUUUAUAUACACGGAGGAAGCUAUAUCUCAGGUACCCCUAUUCGUGAUAUAUCACCAGGCGAGUAUUUGCCCACGCGCGACGUUGUUCUUGUCACUGUCCAGUAUCGACUUGGACCAUUUGGGUUCUUUAGUACUGGGGACUCGGAGGCACCGGGAAAUGUGGGUCUUCUUGACCAGGUAGAGGCCCUCAAGUGGAUUCGAGAUAACAUCGGCGUAUUUGGUGGCAAAAAAAGCAGCGUGACUGUCCUUGGUGAAAGCGCAGGAGGAUCAAGUGUAGGUCUACACUACUUAUCACCUCAGUCCAGAGGACUCUUUCAUCGUGGUAUUGCAGUGAGUGGUGUGGACCUCUCUCCUUUCGCUUACGCUCCAAAGUCUCAAGUUUUACAUUCCAGCAAGGAGUUGAUAAGGAUGGUCAACUGUACAAGAAACAGCAGCCAGUUAGUUGUUCAAUGCCUUCAAACAGUUUCAACCGCCACUGUCUUUAAGAUUUCAAACCCAUUGAUCCUCAAGCCGUUCGUUAACCAUCACUUCCUUCCAGACAACCCAAAAAUUUUAAGAAAACAAGGGAAAUUCCUUAAGUUUCCUCUAAUAGCAGGCUUCGUGAGCCAAGAGGGAUCUUUUAUCGUGGAAAAAGGAGGCGCAGCAAUAAACGAUAACACAAGUUUCACAACUUAUUAAGAAAAUAUUUUCCCAGUGUUGGGACGCGGUGCAGUGAACCAAUCACGUGCUGCAUUUAAUGCUCUUAAGUCUCAAUACACACCUGCAAACAAUGACCCCAGUGAGUACCGUAGGAAACUUGUGAAUAUGUGGUCCGACUACACGGUAAUUGCACCGACAUUGGAUGUAUCGUCAUAUCACAGUGCUAACGGCACUGCCACCUACUUGUUUGAGUUCGCUCAUAGGUCCCGAAACCAUUCAAAGCCCCCAUGGAUGGGCGUCGUUCACGGAGAUACAACAGCGUACAUGUUUGGUCUACCACUUCUCAGGUCUAACCCAAGUGAGCUGACGUUUGACGACAACGACAGGGCUGUCAGUGACAAGGUGGUGACUAUGUUUACUAAUUUUGCCAAAUUUCGUAACCCCACUCCUGCGCUUAUCCCUGUCAGUGGUGUGAAUUGGUCCAACUUUAGCUUACCCAACAAAGCUUACCUGAAAAUCCAAAGUAACCCCGUCAUGACCACAAAUUACCAUCCACAAAGAAUGACAUUCUGGAAUUCCCGUUUCCCAUCGUUUUUUCCAGCACCAGCACCUUGCCAACACGUGACGAGUCAGGAUAGAGUGACUAGCUUGAAUGAGAUGCGAGACAAACUAAGCAUUAAGCAUAUUUGGUAAGAACAAUGGAUUCAAUAGAGAUAAUCUUGUUAGCCAUGGUGGCAUCAAUGAAGUUGUAAAACUCAAAAAAGUAAAUUUUAAAAGUGAAAGUUAUUAAAGUUAUUGUAAACUUCCUUUAUACUGAAUUAGGAGUAUCCCUUAUACCUGAACUAGGAGUAUCCCUUAU